UGUGUACCUUUCUUUACCCAUAUUUAAAAAAAUUACAUUGCAAAUGUUCUUUUUUCGACUAUAUAUAUUGCACUUAAUCAGCGCCGAGCACUUAAAAUAAAAAAAACAGCAAUCGGCCCUUUAAUCAGACUUUCAAUUUUUUUUAAAAGGUGAUUAAGAGGGUUUUUCUUUGAUUCAAAGCAUAAAUUCAGCUGUAACUGAAAAUAUCUGCGCAAAACUGUGCUGGACUGAGGUGCACAGCUUUCGACACGUGUGCUUACAAGCACGUGCCCAACCAUGUGGAUGGAGGCCAUGCGGUAACCUCGUGUUUGCUCCUGCUCCCGACCUCAUGCUUCUCAGGCAGCAGCAGCCUGUCACUCACACGGACACAGAGACAGCACUGUGUAUCUACUUCUUGUGUCAAGAAUUAAAACAUUGCAACAUGAUGCGCACAUCACAAUGACAGAGCUUAAACGAUAUAUCGUGCAGCCCUACCUCAUAUAUAUAAUUGAAUUCCUGCUAAAUUCACCCUUGGCCUUGCUUUGACCUGAGUUUAUCCUUACCUGAAGCUUAAGAUAAGUCCUAAUCUUGACCUUGGCCUAAACUCAACCAAGUUCCUAAGUGAAGCAGGGGCUGAUAUUUUUAGCGUUUUCCCCCUGCGCUACUUCAUAUCUAAGAGGAACUGGGCAUUGGUUGGGUUGUUUGUGUUGUUGAGUGUGUUGAGUGUGGUGCUCCAGGCUUCCAGAACCUGGAGUUUGGAGAUGUUCGGUGGUCCACAGUUCCACAGUACAGUUUCAGCACCUGACCAAGGACCUCUCUGUCAUUCCUCUCUUUCAUUUUUCUCUCUUUCGUUGCAUCAAAACCUGGUCUUUCUGGCUGGCGGCGGCUCGUCUUGCGCGAGUGAACGAGUGUGUAUGUGUGUGAGUGUGUGUGUGCUUGGCUCCUGCAGUUCCUCUGGUCACUGAAGAAGAAUCCUGCUGACGGGGACGGAGAGACAGAGCGAGACACACACACACACACACACACACUCUCUCUCUCUCUUUCUCCCUGCGACAACCCAGGGCUAGGAGGAGCUUUCAAAAUGGUGGCACGGCUCUUGUGUCAAGGCGAGCAGGUUCCCUCAGAUCAGGGUGGCUGUGCUGGGGGUGACAAGGACAGGCCGCUGUGGUCGACUAAUGAGCCUCUGCGCCGCUUCUCGCGUCCUUGAGGAACGUGGCUUUGUGUGAUGUUUUGCUGCGAGCUUUAGACGCAAGCUUUCCCUGAUUUUCCAGGGAGGCCUUAGCAAUGGAGGUGCUACAAUGCGACGGCUGCGAUUUCCGCGCAGACUCCUACGAUGAGCUGAAGGCGCACAUACAGGAUGUCCACACUGCCUUCUUGCAGCCCACGGAGGUUGGGAAUGGGUCACCGCAGCAGUCAAGGUCCAACUCCUUAAAUUCCCUCAGUCACACAGAGGAAGAUGAGGAGGACCUAACCAAUAACGAAUAUGAGUUGCCACACAAGGAAGCAGGUCUCAACUCCUUUGAUUCAGACUCGGGGCACUUGUCAAGUUCAAACCAAACAAUAUACAACCAGUCCAGCAAGGCGACAAACCCAUUUUUCCAGUGCAAGUCUUGUGUUCGCUACUUUAGAUCAAAGUCCCUCCUCAACGAGCACACUAGAAAGGUUCAUGGCACAGGGGGAGCGUUUCCAAACGAUGGCAACUCACUCAAUGCUUCCAAGCUGUCUGCCUUCAAUGCUACGAUGCACGAUGGUGUGGAAAAGGUGUACUCGUGUCAGUAUUGCACAUACAAGUCUCCUCGUCGAGCCAGAAUACUGAAGCACCAGAGGAUGUACCACAAAGACAAUUUUCUGGGACAUUCAGAUUCUCCAGUUGAAGCCGAAGCAGAGUUAGGAACUCUAGACAUGGACUCUGAUGCCUUGUCUUCGGAGGAACAGUGUGAAGAGUCUCCAGAUGUUCUCAUAGAACGCAGCAUUCUGGAAUCCAUGAUCAAACCUCAGACAAGAGACGGCUUCAGCUGCGAGUGGUGUGGCUUUCACACGUUGCAAAGGCAACGAUUAUGUGACCACAUGAUAAAGAAGCAUCGAAACAUGGUAAAGAUCAUGGCAUCGCUACAAAAGCCCAAAGCGGAAGGAAGUGCAGGAUCCUCCAAAUCUGCUUCUCCCUUAUCACCAAGGAGCACUCCAAUGUCCAACUUAAUGUUAAAUGACCUGAGCGGAAAUGAAGGAUCCUUAACAAAUAUCUCAUCUUUGAAAGGGACAACAUCUUUGAAGUCCACAGCAGGGCUGUCAAAUUUCCAGUAUUCCCAGCUCACAAUGAAAGUACCCAACAGCACAGGCUCUUCCAUACUGUCGGAAAGGUCUACAUUUGCAACUUCUGACAUAUCAAACUCUGCAAUAGACAUAGAUUCCAGCCUUCUCAAUGAUUCACAUAGCAGCUCUGAUGGUGAACUCUGUGACAUGGAUGAUCCCAAUAACACUGAACCAUUGUCAGCUGAAAAUUCAGCUAAGCUGCUUCUGUCAGAAGAGGAUAAUAAGUUGCUGGAGACUAAAGGGAUUCCAAUCAGAAGACAUCUGAAUAGGUUUCAGUGCCCCUUCUGCUCCUUCUUAACCACACAUCGCAGAAGCAUCUCUCGCCAUAUAGAGAACAUCCACUUAUCUGGCAAAACAACAUUGUACAAGUGUGACGAGUGUCCGUUUCUUUGCACCAGUCCUGUAAAGCUUACCACACACAAGCAAUGCCAUGGUGGCUCUUCUUCUGAAUGGGACACCAUGGACCUAACCAAUGAAUGUGCAGAUGACCAAAAUGAAGACUCUGUAAAUGGAGGAAAUGGCAGCUCUAAAAUGAACGGCAAGAGGUCCUCUGCUGUAGAUCAGCAAAAUUCCCAUCACUGCGCACUCUGUAACUUUUCCACAACAACGCUAAAAGGCUUACGCGUCCACCAGCAACACAAGCAUUCGUACUGUGAUGAGAUUCAAGCCCCAAGUCAGGAGGGCUCAUCAAAUGAGCAGCAGGAUUCUGAGUCUGAAUCAUACAGCUCAUUAAACUUUGUGCAAAAAACUCAAACAUCAAUACUUGGAUAUUCAUCCAGAAAGCACCUUAUUGGAAAGACAGCCAGGAAGUCUAUCAACGACUUGCCUCUGGAUCUGUCGCCGGUCAAGAAACGAACAAGAAUCGACGAAAUUGCAAAUAACCUUCAAAGUAAAAUCAACCAGAGUCAACAGCAUGAAGAUGUUAUAAACCUUGAGGAGAUGGACGAUGAAGAAGAAGAAGCUGAAAAUCACAUUGAUGAGAAAAGGGAACGAGAGAAUUCUGAAAUUCUAAGUCAGCGCUUCACCUACAACACACAGCAUCUGUACAUUAGGAAAUCUGGUGGAGCUCAGGCGGAGCGGGGUGUUGCCAAAAGGAAACGUAGCUUGCAGCCUAAUUUAGGUUCAAGAAACAUUCCUAUCCCAGUUACUGUCUCUGACGAUGAGGACAACAAUUUCAGUGCCUCCAUAGAGUCUAAAGAUAUCCAAGAUCAAAGCAGUCUAGACGGCAGAGAGGCAUUUAGCGAGAAUGCUGACUACAUGGAGGAAGCUGGGGUUCUUUUCUAUUGCAAACACUGUGAGUACCAGAACAAGUCGGCCCGCAGUGUCAGCACCCAUUACCAGCGAAUGCAUCCCUAUAUUAAGUUUAGCUUUAGAUACAUUCUUGAUCCUGAGGAUCAGAGCGCCGUCUUCCGUUGUCUAGAGUGUUUCAUAGAAUACAACAACUUCAAUGACUUACACCAGCACUACAUGGAUCACCAUCCGGAAGCUAGCAAUGUUCUCAACUUUAACCAGCCGGAUUUGGUGUACACAUGUCGUUUCUGUUCGUAUACCAGCCCAAAUGUUAGAAGCCUGAUGCCUCACUACCAAAGAAUGCACCCUUCCGUGAAAAUCAACAAUGCCAUGAUUUUCUCAAGCUACGUGGUUGAUCAGCCACAAAAGGGAACGGCAGAGUCGCAAACACUGAGAGAAAUUUUGAAUUCUGGUCCCAAGAGCUUCACAAGUUCUGCAUCAAGGUCUUCAUCAAGUCCUUCCCUGAAAAACCUGUGCAAGACGCCUGACUCAACUGUGGACUCUGAAGCCUAUAGGGAAACUCUCGAUGGCAACGUUGUAGUUUAUGACUGUGACAUGUGCUCCUUCGCAAGCCCCAACAUGCACUCUGUGUUGGUUCACUAUCAGAAAAAGCACCCUGAGCAGAAGGCCUCAUACUUCCGCAUACAGAAAACGAUGCGAGUCAUAUCGGUGGAAAGAACGCAGCCACCGACCAACCAAGCAUGUAACCUGGUUAGUACGCCGAAGUCCUCCAAUGUUGUUUUGCCCUUGGCUGUAGAUGAGGAGGUUUUCUACUGCAAACACUGUGUUUACAACAAUCGCUCUGUGGUUGGUGUUCUUGUCCAUUACCAAAAGCGGCACCCGGAAAUCAAGGUGACAGCGAAGUACAUAAAGCAUGCCCCUCCCACACCAGGGUUAAUGAAGCUUAUGGAAGAGUUGCAAAUUGCACCUCCUAAACAGUUCAUGAAGCAGUUCAGCAGCAAUUCAAUGGAUGGAUCAAGCAAUUCACACUCCAAAGGAGCAGCAGACAAAGGGGAGGGAGAGAUGCUGUUUUUCUGUCAGCACUGCGACUACGGGAACCGUACUGUGAAAGGUGUGUUGAUCCAUUAUCAGAAGAAGCACCGAGAUGUGAAGGCCAAUGCCGAUUUGGUUCGAAGACAUACUGCCGUGGUUCGCAGUCAAAGGGAAAGGGCGCAAAUGAACCAAACAGGAACCUCCACGUCCACUGCGACUUCAGCAACUGACACAGAAAAGCCAAGAGCACUUCGAUCUUUAAAGUGCAGGCACUGUGCCUACACAUCUCCCUAUGUGUAUGCCUUGAAAAAGCAUCUGAAGAAGGAUCAUCCUACUGUGAAGGCCACGGCCAUGACCAUUCUACACUGGGCUUAUCAAGAUGGUAUCUUGGAAGCUGGUUAUCACUGUGAGUGGUGCAUCUAUUCCCAUGCCGAACCCAACGGGCUGCUCAUGCAUUACCAAAGACGACACCCAGAACACAAUGUUGAUUACGCAUACAUGGCCAGCAAGUUGUGGGCUGGCCCUGAUACUUCCAUCUCCAGGCAAGCGGGGAACUCUGAUACAAAGCAUUAUCAAUGCAGAGAUUGUGCCUUUGAGGCUUGUUCCAUCUGGGACAUUACAAAUCAUUACCAAGCUGUUCAUCCGUGGGCUAUCAAAGGAGAUGAGUCCGUUCUCCUUGACAUCAUCAAAGGAAACCAGGCUGCAGAAAAGCUGCUACCCCAGUUGGGAAAGGGAAAUGUCUCAAUGUCCAGCCCAUUCAAUAGCCACCAGUCUGAUGAGGGAACUGUAGAGAUUAGCAGGUCUGUGGCUGAACGCCAGCCAAUCUUUUCCUUUUCAACGUCCUCCGCUAUAUCAAACAAUCCCUACCAAUGCACUGUGUGUCUAUCUGAGUACAACAGCCUUCAUGGUCUUUUGACGCAUUAUGGCAAGAAACAUCCAGGCAUGAAAGUGAAGGCUGCAGACUUUGCACAGGAAGCAGACAUCAACCCCAGCUCGGUUUACAAGUGCAGACACUGUCCGUAUGUGAACUCUCGCAUCCAUGGGGUUCUUACCCAUUACCAGAAACGGCAUCCCCUUGUCAAAGUCACGGCUGAAGACUUCGCCAAUGAUAUAGAACAGGUGAAAGAUGUAACAGCGGAGGGAGAUGAGCGGGCUAAGAGCCAGAGGCAAGGAUACGGUGCUUACAGGUGCAAGAUGUGCCCGUACACUCAUGGAACACUUGAAAAACUGAAGAUACAUUAUGAGAAAUAUCACAACCAGUCAGCCUCGGACAUGUUCACACCAGCGAACGUGCAUUGCCUGGUAAACAAAGAGGACUCUGUUGCCGAAUGCAGUGCGGCCAGCGUGCCGGAAGUCCCUGAGGUCUGCGACUUUGACCUCACUCUGUCAGAGCUAGCAAAAGGAGAGAAGCAUGCCGUGUUCAAAUGUCAGCUUUGCAAAUACUUCUGCUCUACCAGGAAAGGCAUUGCCCGACACUACCGCAUCAAGCACAACAAUGUACGAGCUCAACCCGAGGGCAAAAACAACGUAUUUAAAUGCGCUCUUUGCUCCUACACCAACCCUAUCCGCAAAGGUCUGGCUGCUCACUACCAGAAACGCCACGACAUCGAUGCUUACUACACUCACUGCCUGGCCGCAUCUAAGACUAUAGGAGAGAAGCCCACUAAAGUAAUGGUGCCUUUGGCCUCAGAAGAAGAUGGACCGCCGAUGAGUGAUGAGCUGAGGGAGGCAGUGGACCGAAGGAAGUGCUCGAUGUGCUCUUUUCAGGCAUUCAGCAGGAAAAGCAUCGUCUCACACUACAUCAAACGCCAUCCAGGAGUCUUUCCUAAAAGGCAACACUCAAGCAAACUUGGACGCUACUUCACUGUGAUUUACCCCAAGGAGCCAGAGAAAUCGCCCGUCAACGAGGACGUUGAACUUGUAGAGGUGAAAUCGGAAGCCGAUCAGGAGAAUGACUCGGAGUGGUUGCCAUUCAAGUGUCUAAAGUGUUUCAAGCUUUCUUUUAAUGCUGCAGACCUGCUGGUUAGACAUUACAAUGACUAUCAUGACAGAGAGUUGAAGCGGGAUUUCGUCACCAUACCGAGCCUGGUGGAGGACGGCACCGAGCUUUACCAGUGUGUUCACUGUGAAAUCAAGUUCCUGACCCUUCCUGAGCUCAGCACCCACCUAACAGACCACAAUUCAGAAUUCCAGAAGAAAGUGACACGGCAGGAACGGAGGAAGCAGCUCCAGUGUAAGCAGAAGUCUACCGGGCCAAGUGAGAUGAAAACAGAGAACAAGAUUGAUGGCCAGACUGAUAGAGCUCCUAUUGGCUACAGAUGCAACUUCUGCGUGGAGAUGCACCAAACACUCCGAGCCAUCUGCAACCAUCUGAGGAAGCACGUCCAGUACGGGGAAGUUAAAGAGGGUCAUGUGAAGCAGGAAGUGCCGGAAAUGCCAGUCGCUCCAGCCGUGGACGUCGUCCCCAAUGGCAGCGUGGAGGAGGUGGUUGAUGUUGAUGCCAUCCCAACAAACACAAACCUGGAGAUGCAGGAACGAGUCACCCCUGCAGCCGAGCCAGAGCAGGGCGGAGUGGUGGAGAUGACGACGGUGGACAUGAUGGCGGGAGAUCUGGAGCAGGAGAAGGCAGCGGUGGUCCCGGGGCACCCCUGUAGUCUGUGUGACCGAGUGUUCAUGUCCAUGCAGGGCCUCCGCUCACACGAGAGGAGCCACUCUGCCAUGGCCCUCAUCAACAGAGAGGAUAAAUACAGCUGCCAGUACUGCCAGUUCCAAUCCCCAUUCAGACACAAUUUGGACCGGCAUGUCCAGUCUCACCACGGUCAUCACAAGCCGUUCCGCUGUAAGCUUUGCCCGUUCAAGUCUGCCUACCUGAGCCGCCUCAAGAGCCACCUGCACAAAUCUCACGCAGGUGAAAACACCUACAAGUGCAUCUCGUGCUCCUUCUCAACCAUGACCAUCAGCCAGCUGAAGGAGCACUCUCUGCGGGAGCACGGAGAGGCGCUCACCCUGCCCAGGUUGCGUGCUGGAGCCGCCCUCCGCACCACACGGCCCAGCACCAGCCCCCACUCGGACCCUCAAGACGCACCAGUUGAUCAGGACUCCAAUGAGCCGAUGGGGUAUCUGGAGCCUCCAGAUGUUCAGCAGCAGUUGACUCACUACCAGCUGGCGUCUCGCAGCCAGGCCCCUGCUGUGCCCUGUAGCCCCCCAGGCUCUGGGCCCUCCCCCACGCUGGCCCUGGACUCCCCAAGUACUGUCCCGCUGCGGCCUGAUGCCAUCCUUACCUGCGAGUUCUGCGAGUUCAGCUCUGGCUACAUGCAGAGCCUGCGGAGACAUUACCGCGACCGGCAUGGCGGCAAGAAGCUCUUCAAGUGCAAAGACUGCUCCUUCUUCACCUGCUACAAGUCUACCUUCACCAUGCACGUGGAGGCCGGACACGCCAGCACUCCUGAGGAGGGUCCGAAAGACCUGCGCUGCCCCUUCUGCCUCUACCACACCAAAUACAAGACCCACAUGAUCGAUCAUAUCAUUCUACAUCGAGAAGAGCGAGUGGUGCCACUGGAGGUCUCUCGAUCUAAGCUGUCCCGUCACCUGGAGGGUUUGGUGUUCCGCUGCCACAAGUGCACGUUCACGUGCUCGAGCGACGAGAGUCUGCAGCAGCACAUCCACAAGCACGAGGACCUGAAGCCAUACCAGUGCCAGCUCUGCUACUACGACACCAAACACCGGGAGGAGCUGGAGAACCACUUGCAGGAUGAGCACAAGGUGAUUCGUAACUUUGAGCUGAUGGGCCGGGUGAACCUGGACCAGCUGGAGGCUCUGCAGGAGAAGAUGAACUGUCUGAGCAGCGCUGAGGAGGAGUGCGAGGAGAUGGAUGAAAUGGCGCUUGCUGGUGAGGAGGUGGAAAGGGUGGAGCCAGUGGCGGUUCAGGAGGAAGAGGAGCGUGUGGCUGUCAUGGAAGAGGAAGACAUGAAGGCUGUUGAGGAAGAGGAGGAGGAAGCAGCAGCUGUUGAGGAAGAGGAGGAGGAGGAGGAGGAUGAGGGGAUGCUACAAGAAAUAGCAGAAACAAAGGAGGGGAGGAAGCAGGAAGAAGAGUCAGAUACACCAGAGGCAGCCGGUGUUCCUAUGGUGACCUCUCCGAGUGGCAGCAGUAGUGGUCUGGCAUCUGGUGGCGAGAAGCGUUUCCCCUGUGAGUUCUGCGGUCGAUCCUUCUCCCUCAGCUUAGAGUGGGAGCGCCAUGUUCUCCGCCACGGCAUGACUUUUAACAGCAGCAGGACGGCCACCAGCCCCACCCCUGCAGUCGGAACCACCGGGCACAUGACCAUCGGCCUGGUGCCCGUGUCAGACAUGGGGCUCGACCUAUCUAUGAACAGCAUGGAGGCUGAGAGAGCGCAUCAUUUCGGCCAAUCAAAGAGUCAAGCUCAAUUCGAGGAGGACGACAGCGAUGCCCACGAGACCAAAAAUGAUCUGUAGGAUUGUAGAGUUAAUUGGUGUUGAAGACCCAUUUGGCUUUAGACCAUGUGACAUGGUUCAAGAUUUUUUUUCCUCUGUGUUGUUGUUGGAAAAACGAAACGUAGGCUGCUUUUCACGGACACUUGAUUUGAAGAAGAAGAAGAAGAAAAAGAAGAAGAAGAAGAAAAAAAAGAAAAAAGCGAGAACUCUUCAUGGUUUGGAGCAUCGUUAGAUUUUAAGUGUUAAACAUUGAUAUAUAGGUUGUGUUACAUCCUAGCUGUUUGUUAAAUUUGCUGAUCCUUAAGAAGUGUGACUUGGUCCCAUAGGACAGAUGCUAAUAUAUUGGUAACCAAUAGUUGAGGAAACUGUAUGGGCUCCAUUCAGGUCAGAUUGGCAGUUCCUUUCGCGCAGACUACCUUCACUAGCCCCAUUCGCUUUUGCACCAGUAUAAACUAAGUCACCUUGAUAAUAUUAAAUAUUAUCUUAUUUAAUAUGUAAUAUAUACAUAUGAUUUUCCAUAUUAUCAUUGGCUUUGUUUUUAAUGCCAGUAAGUGAAUUUUACAUUUUCUUAAGAAAAUAUUUAAUUGGCACAUUUUGAAUGUAAUAAAACGUAUGUGUUUUGUAUUUAUUGCUAAAAAAAAAAAGGGCCUGGCUGAUAUAUCAAGAUAAUUUUUCAACAAAAAUAUUGCAGGUUUUGUGGUUUUUUUUUGUGACAGUUGAAGAGCUGAUUGUGUUUGUAGCACUGCUAAGAUUCAAACUCACAGUUUGUCAACCAUAAGUCCAAAGCUUGCAACUGUGGAAUUCUCUCGGGUAUGUCCAAAGUGCGCCAUGUUCUAAAAAUUUGGAAUUCAAACUCAUAACCUUCCAAUGACCCCAAAAAACUCAACUUUAUUACUGUUUAAGUUUAACUUUAUUACUGGGAGCUUGUGGAGAGUAUGAACACUAUACAGCUCCCAAGUGGACUGGCCAGCUGAGCAUGUAAUGGGCUCAGACAUCAGGAGGAGGCAGGUUUCUGUCCCAGUGAUGCCAUUGUUGAAUGGUGCAAUAUGAUAAGGUUCAGGUCAUAUGGACUUCAAACUCAUAACCUCUCAACAUCCUUUCUAUUUAACUUCCUAUUUAAAAAAGAAAAAUAAUCCAGCAGACCAAGGUCCUGAUACUGUCAUCUGAGGAUCGCUGGUUCCAGUUGCAAAUCAUGGUGCUUGCCAUCAGCAGCCGGAGUCUGAGAGAGUAUAAUUGGCCCUGCUCUUUCUAGGUGGGUUAAUGAUGGCAUUUUCUCCUCACACCAGUCCUAGUGUGCUGUUAAUCAGCACAGACGUCUGUUGGCUAAAGUAUCAAAUAUUGGGAUCUGAUGCUUUCCCAAUGAGUUUAAAAGUCUUUUGGAGGAGGCAAGUGCUAGUCUUCACCAUCCUAGUGUUGGAAGCAUUAUUGCUAGUGAUGGGGGAGUUGGAAAAUUGGAUAACUUCCAAAUUGGUUAAAAUAGAAAUAGAAGUAGAAAUAAAUAAAUACAUUAUUAAAAAGUUGUCACAGCACUCUGUUGGCUCUGUUAUCAAGGAGUCGCAGGUUCUAUUCCUGGUGAUGCCACAUGCAACUUAAUCUCUCUGGGUAGGAAGGACAGGUCUCCCCGUCCCCACUCUGUUAUGUUAGUUGACAUUAUUAUUGAAUUAGUGUUCUCCUCCAAGUGUGUUAAGCUCCAAUGGUGUUCGGUAAUCAGUGCAUUGUGAAAAGAUGUGUUGUGGCUUCAAGUGUUUUAGAGGAAGCGCAUGGUAGCCUUCAUCCUCCCAGCACUGGUAGCAUAGUUGGGGUUGAUUGGGAGAGUCCUAGCUCCUAGGGAAAAAUAUCAGUCAGGCCCUAAAUUAUAUGUCACAUCACUGUUACAGUGAGUUACGGACUGAUUCUGGAUCAGCUCUGAAGCUCCGCAUUGUUUUUUAUAGUUGCACAUGAACACAUUAACCCUCCCCCCGCCCCCCUUCCUCACCCUAAUGAAGGUAGUUCCGCUCCUGUGGAAGACAGACUCUGUAAUCUGACCUGGACGCUGACCAGUACGGUUUCUGUAUUUUUACAUUUUUAGCCUUGUGUUAAUUUUCCUGUAGCUGAAUUCCUUCAGGAAUAGUCGCCAUCUUAUUUAUCUGUGUAUCAGACGUUUGAUUUUUAAACACGUUUUUAGUCGACACUGGCCCCAAAGUUUUUUGUAGCAAAUUGCUACUGUAGUUUUUUAUAUUAUUUUAUUUUAUUUAAUUUGAUUUGACUUUGGUUUUGUGCUGCUUUUUCAGGCAUGUUCUGCACUCCCUCAUGUGUACCUGCAAGCUUCUCUCCGGACUGUUCCGCAAAAAAAUAAAUAAAUAAACAGUCGCAAAGCAAGCACCGACAACUUCUAGCACCUUCGGUUCAGUUCUGGUGCAGUGCGACCUUUGACCUUUCACAAGAACUACGCCGGCUCUUUUUUAUUGUUAUUCCGAGCAGCUAACCCCGACACUUUAUUUUCUUUCCCUGGGUCGACGGAACCGGAGCCGAGGCAGGUUCCCGUCCGUCACCCGGAAGGCCUGGCUGCGUGCCCGUCCCUAAAGGGGGCGGAGUUUAAAUAGGGCACAGAUUGUAUGGCGGUGGAUAGAAGUUGCUGCUCAGAUACCCCAAAGCCUUAUUCGACGUGCAUUUGUGGUUUGAAUGCUUUUCUUCCCGACGCCGGCGGUUGGCGCAAUAAAGCCGACGUCACGAAUCUCAGCACCAGUAAUAGAACAAAACAAAUCAAUUGACCAGGAGCCAUGAAAUCACAGAUAAACGCAAAAGGGGGCGGAGGGAAAGUCUUCUCGGUACCAAAUGUGUCAGCCUCCCAGCGGCCUCCCAGCAGCCCUCCACACGAUUGUCCUUCCCGACUCCUCUUCUCGGCGAGAGGGGGGUAGAGACCCAGGUGCCUCCAGGGUCCUCUGCAUGCAGUCUUUUUUGCAGCCAUGUAUAGAAAAGAAAAAAACCUUCUUGUCAAGUGUUUUGAGACUGUGGUGUUUCAGAAAGGAAUACUGUACUCUUUCCUUUAGGUGUCGUCUUCAUAUUUAACAAGAAAAAAGAAAAACGGUAACCUUCUGGGUUUUUUUUCAGAUCUCCAAUGUUCAAAGCUGUUGUACGAUGUCUGGUUUAGGAAAAAAGAAAACAAAAAAAAAAACAAAAACAAAACGAAAGUCCUCUUUUUGUACCUUUAAAAUAUAAAAAAAAAACAGUCCUGAGGGGGUGGAGGGGGUGGGUGGGUUUAUCGGGUGCUCCUCAUUUCCUUUAUAAGGACUAGCCUAACCUUUCUAAAAGACAAACCCGUUUAAAGAAAGAAAGAAAUAAGCUUUUGGGGCGCCGGCUGACGACCGGCGUUCCCGAUUCGUAACACACUGGAUACCUGUACAUAUGAUUUCGAGUUUUUUUGUUUUUCAUUUGUUUUGUUUUGUUUUGUUUUGUUUGUUCGUUUCUGUUUGUUUCUCUCCUCUCUUCUGACUGUUCGGAGUUCACCAUAGUUCGACUUACAGUAGCUCCUCUUCAUCUUGCCUUUUUCCCCCCCUGUGAAAGCCCACUCCCUGACGAUGGGUUUGUGAUGUUGACUAGAAUGGUUGUUUACAAUUUUAUUCCAUUUAUUUCUGGAUAUUCUGUAAAUAUUGUAAUUCAUUGUUUUUUUAACUUGUUAAUAAAGUUAUCAGAUAACAGCGUU